AUGGGUUCCCUCGGCGCCAGCCCGGCAGUCAGUGCCUCGAAUCCAUUCCGGACCCGCAUUUUGGCGGGUGAGGUCUGUGCCGUCAUGUCGGUGAAGCUCGUUACGAGCAACGAGAUCGCCAUGAUGACCAAGAUGGGAGGCAUUCACGGCAUGUUCAUCGACAUGGAGCACUCAUCGCUCGACCUUGGUCGCGUUUCUCAACUUAUACUCGCAUGCAACUACGUUGGAGUGUCGCCCCUGGUCCGCGUGCCGUCCAAGUCACAUUGGCACAUUAGCAGGGUGCUAGAUGCCGGAGCAGCCGCCGUCAUCAUACCUCAUAUCGAGUCGGUGGAGGAGGUGAAGGCGCUAGUUCAGGCUGCCAAGUAUGCUCCGCUAGGAGCAAGAGGUUGCGCCAACAACCAGCCCAUUUUGAACUUCCAGGGGUUGCCCAGCAAGGUCCAAAACGAGGUUCUGAACCGGGAAACCAUGCUUAUUCCUAUGAUCGAGACGCCGGCAGCUGUCGAGUUGGCAGACGAGUUCCUUGCUGUUGACGGCGUGGACGGUAUCUUGAUUGGUUCAAACGACUUGUGCUCGGAUUAUGGAAUUCACGGCCAAUACGACAACCCCAUCUACCAAGAUGCUGUGACCAAGAUCGUUCUGGCCGGCAAGAAGGCCGGCAAGCCCAUUGGCAUCGGUGGCAUUGGUGGCCGGGUUGACUUGUUGGAAAAGUGGUUCGCCAUGGGCGCUUCGUGGUCAUUGAGCGGUGGCGACCAAGCCAUGCUCAUCGCUGGCUUGAAGGCACUUGGUGAGAAGUACAAUGGCAUCAACGAGCGCGUACAGAAGGCAAGAGCUAGCUCAUAA